GAUAAAUCAACAAAUAUCAUCUUAGCCAACCAUUUUGAAUCCUUCUUCGGUGUUGAAGGAUAAAAAAUUACAAAACAGGUAACGCAGUGAAAAUUUAUACUCAGAUGGUCUGAAGUUUUGUAUGCUUCCAGUUGCGGAAUAAAGACGCUGAUUAGUAUCGUAACCACUGCAUCGGAUCGAUAAGGGUUUUGAUAACUGGGAAGCGAGAAUUUAUUUUAUUAAUGCCCCGUCCCCCUACCCCACAUAUGCAAUCUUGUUUUAAAGAGGUACUCGUAGAAGCCAAUACCUAGGAUUCUACAUAUUGGCCCCUUUGAGGCCCUAAUAAAAAUUCUCAGAAACCCAGUUCAGAACUUUCACCUCAUCUUCGUUAUCAUGGUUGUCGAACCUCCGCUGUUAAGGACGAUAUACUCCGCUUUUAAACCUAUGGUAAUAUUCUGCACUUCCAGUAUAGGAAAUAAUUUUAUUUUAUCGCAAAAUUGUCGGUAUUGGGUGAAUAUUAUAUGCUAAUUAUCACAAUGUCUGCACAAUAUUUGGGAGUUGCUUUUUUGAUUGGAAAUUAGGUAACCAAUGAAAAGAGACUUACACUAAUUACCAUGUAACGCAUCAUAGAAAUACUGCCUUGGGUAAGAAAUGAACCAUUUGAUUGUUGACUAAUUUUUUUUCUUUUCUUUCUUUUUAUCCCUUUGGUUCACCUUUGUUUACAAACGUUUUUGAAAUCUUGUAGCGGUUGACUCGGUAUCCAAGUAAAGGUACGAUGUGAAGUGAAUGUAACGGACAUGGGUACGUUUCUAGGACAUAAAACUGUGCUCGUCUAAGUUUUGUUUCUAAAGCAAGUCAGUAACGGAGGAGCACCAAUGUCUCUCAGGCGGAUUUUUGGUAGAAAGUUAUUUAGUAAACGUCGUCUCACUGUGGGUGCAGUUGUGGCUAGUUUACCCUUCAUUGGUUAUCUAAUGUUACUUUCGCCUUCAAGAAGACUUUCCUAUUCAUUUUCGACCAACGAACAUAACUCGUUGUCUACCACCUCAGUAUCGAACCAGAUCUGGAAUGAAACAAUUGUGACAAAAAUUCCAACAGGUAACAUUAACUUGACAUCAGCACCGAUGACGGUGGCAGCUACCACUGAAACGGUACAAGUUACGAAUGUGGCUUCAAGACCUCCAGGACGCCUAGAUGUCCAUAUGUGGAAUGAGAUAUGUGGAACCUCGGUCGAAAUUUUAAAAAACUGUCCUCAUUUUCCUUACUUUCCCGACACACGUUCAUUCAUCCCUGAUUUUUAUGACUUUCAUGCACGUGGUUCUACGAAUAACGGCGAGAGAGUUUUUGGAUUUAUUCACCCCGCUGAAAGCGGUGAGUAUAAGUUUGCCAUAUCCUCGGAUGACACAUCUGAGCUAUGGCUAAGUCAAAAUGAGGAUCCUGGUUCCAGUGAGAUGAUCGCACGUGUUUAUUCUCCUAAAGAGUCGGCAUGGACCGAAGAAGGGAACUACAAAAAAUAUCCUGAACAAAUUUCUAAAGCAUUCACUCUCUUCGCUGGGAAGAAAUAUUACGUCGAGUGUUUAAUGAAGCAAGGUUCUGGUGCCGCUCAUUUAACUGUGUAUUGGUCUUACAACAACGCGACAUUUGAAAUAAUAACUUCGAAAUAUUUAUCCUCGUUCUCUGGCACUCACGAAUCGAUGAUUCCAGUUCAUGCGGGAAAACGAGAAAAUAAAUUGCUGCAAACAAAAUACAGCCUGUAUGACUUUAAUCGUCUUCCGCUCUUAAACCGGCAAGAGUACGUUGACUUAUUUCCAAGUUGCCCCUAUAAUCCCAGUUUUCUUGUGCACAGGAAGCUGAAGCGAUACCAAGGCGUGUCGAUUGCAAGACGAUCAAACGUUUUCCCUCAAGACAACACGGACAUGUCAAGCCGUAGAGUGAAACACCAGUGGUCUUUCCCUAAUCCGCUGAUAGACGGAAAUGCAGUCCAACUUGUUGUAGACCGCUUUAUCAACACUCUAAAGUCUGAGAGAGAUUACUACUUGAAGAAAAUUCACAAAGUUAUUCAUAAACCAGACCCCAAGAAUGGUGAUCGCUUUUUGUUAAACCUUGAGAUUGGUUUAACGAGCAACAAUGAAUCAUAUCGGCUAUCAGAACACGUGUAUCAUGUGCAUGGGAGUGAAAAAUUGUGUCUUCCUGAGAGAAUGGAGUGGAAUAACAGCGCCAUGGUCUACUUCAUUCUACCUGUCAAGGAUCAAGGAAAAUGGGUGCACCAUUUUAUCAAGGAACUCACUGCUGCCAGUUUAUUAACCAGAGAUACCAACUAUCACGUCAUAAUUGUCGAUUUUGACAGCAAAGACAUCGAUAUUGCCAAAGCCUUUAACACACCUUUACUUAAGAGCAGGCAUACAAUAAUCUCACUGACUGGUAAAUUCUACAAGACACUUGCUCUAAACAAGGCCGUCGCACAGGUUCCUAAUGCGACUAAUAUAAUUUUUCUCUAUGAUCUACACAUUGAUGUGCCCCCAGACAUCAUGGACAGCGUCAGAAUGAACACCAUUGCAGGGAAACUAGCUUAUUUUCCGAUUGUUGGCCGCCUUGAUUGCCAAAGUUCUUCUGUAGAACAUCAAGGAUUUUGGGAACUAGAUGGGUAUGGACUUCUAAGUAUCUAUAAAUCAGACUGGAAAAAAUUUGGAGGUAUGAACGCCGAAGAGUACCAAUUCAAAUGGGGGGGAGAAGACUGGGACCUACUUGAUCGUGUAUUAAUGUUGCCUAUAGAGGUGGAAAGGUUCAAGCACCCAGGCCUCUAUCAUCAUUAUCACACCAAGACCAACAUGUGGAGUUAGACGGCGCUUUGUAGUCAAUAAUAUUAGGAACCUUGAUCAAGCCGCUACAAAGGCGAAGGAGUAGGAACGAACCAUUUAAUGAAUAAAUAAUCGUUAAAAAACGCAUUAAAAAGCCGUCCAUCAUUCUUGGCCGUCUCAGGUAAAACAACAAUGAAAUCACCAAAGAGAAUACCAAUGGUUAAUCAUUUUCUGUUUGGAACUUAGCGUUUCUUUCACCUGUUGAUGUGCUCUGGCUGCGUUAGAGAUGGGACAGAAUUCAAAUAAUCCGCAAAACUCCUCGACUGAGAGGCUUUAGUUCUUUUAAUCAAAGUUUUCCUUGGCGAGGUUGUUAUAUAUUUAUAGACUUUAUUACGAUAAAAUAAUAAGAUUAUAA